CGGCGGCGGCGGGAUCGGGAACGGGAUCGGGAUCGGGAGCCAGCGGGGCCCGGCGCGCCCGCGUGAGCCGCCUUCCGUAGGUUGUCAUCGUCCAUUGUCCUCUUUCUUCCACCUGCUCAAAGUUUCUGAGGCUUUGUAAUGAAAAUAGUUCGUCUCUGGAGCUGAGAAAUAGGGUUCAGAGAAACAGGGAAACAGAAACAUCCUGUUGCUUGACAGUGGCCAGCCAAAGCUGAAGCGAAGCAAGGUGUUAGUGGGGCAGGCACGGGAACAGGGCUCGGGAAUCCUCUCACAACUCCCAGGAGCUCCGUUCUAAUGCAGUGAAUGUACCACGCAUUUUGCUUAAUUUUUUGCCACUCCUAAGAUCUUCUUUGAUCCAAUUAUGAAAAAAUGUUUAGAAAAGGAAAAAAGCGACACAGCAGCAGCAGCUCACAGAGCAGUGAAAUCAGCACUAAAAGCAAGUCUGUAGAUUCCAGUCUUGGGGGACUUUCCAGGUCUAGUACUGUGGCCAGCCUAGAUACAGACUCCACAAAAAGUUCAGGACAAAGCAAUAGUAAUUCUGAUACGUGUGCAGAAUUCAGAGUUAAAUAUGUUGGUGCCAUUGAAAAAUUGAAAUACAAUGAGAGUAAAAGUCUUGAAGGGCCACUGGACUUGAUAAAUUACAUAGAUGUUGCACAGCAAGAUGGAAAGUUACCUUUUGUUCCAGGUGAAGAGGAGUUUAUUAUGGGAGUUUCCAAAUACGGCAUUAAAGUUUCUACAUCUGAUCAGUAUGAUGUGUUACAUAGGCAUGCCCUCUAUUUGAUUGUAAGGAUGGUGUGCUAUGACGAUGGUCUGGGAGCAGGGAAAAGUUUACUGGCUUUGAAGACAACAGAUGCAGCCUCUGAAGAAUGCAGCCUCUGGGUAUAUCAGUGCAAUAGUUUGGAACAAGCACAAGCCAUUUGCAAAGUGUUGUCUACAGCCUUUGAUUCAGUUUUAAUGUCGGAGAAGUCCUGAUUUCCUUCGGCAGUGUCUGUGGGAGGCACCGGGGCUCCUCGGACAGCCUGGAGCCACACACCAUCCUGGCAAACAUUACUGUGCAAAGAAGAGCCACACAGCCUUGCACAUGGUACUCUGGCAUUCCCCAAACAUGACUUGAAGAUUCCAUCUUCAGUGUCCAGGACAUUACAGGUUUUUAUAUUUAACGCAAUUUCUUUUUCCUAAAUCAUGUUUUGUAUGUUAAUGUCAAUAUUGCAGAAAUGUAAAAUAAAACUGACACGUGCUUCUA